GACUUGAAAAAAACAAGUAGCAACAACAAGCCGGAGUGUUUGAGUUGGAUGCGUCGCUGACUAGAAAAAAACAAGCAGCGGCAGAAGGGCUGUGUUAGAAUGGAAUGCGUUGGUCAUUUGAAAUAAUAACAAGCACCAACAACAUAAUUCGGCAAAGUGAUGCUGAUAGUAAGUCGGUGAUGAUUGGUUGCUGUUUGUUACAGAAGGGGAUCAGGACAAUGGUAUAAAAGAGGAAAGUGAUUGACGGAUGGGGAUCAGUUGUUUUAUCAAAGUGGCAAAGGUGACAAGUGCGUGGAAGUCCAAAACGAACCAAGACCCAGCGAAGCAGUUUCUUUCCUUAGAUAACCUAAAAGUAACAAUGAACGAUUCCGAGCAAGGCCCCCGCACAAAAGCAUUUUAUAAGCAACAAUGGCAACUAUUGGAAUCCAUGAGACCAUGUUCGGUGCGGCUCACCAAACUGAGUGAGGAAGAGUGCCAUGCCGCCCCCGCUCCUGCUGUAGGUGCAUCCGUAGGAAGCGGAAUGGUUAAGCAGAGGCAAAGGGAACUCCAAGCCUCAGUUACAGGUCGCAACCCUCCUAAGAGGUCUUCAGCCAACCCACCUGCGAGGAAAUCUGGGUCUUCCUGCGCGAAGAAAGCUCGGACAAGCUUGCCAAAACCCCCACCUAUAGUCCUAGAAACUAUCGUUUUGUCGUCCGAUGAUGAUGUCCCAACUACACCACCUCGUAGGGCUCGUGACUGCCCAAACACUCCCUCUCCCGUGGUAUCACCAAUGUCAGUUGGUAGCCUGUCCCCAACUCUAGGUCGCGGCAUUUUUUUGGGCACGGAUCUACCCCCCACACCAGGGCGAAACAUACCACUAUCCACGUCGCCAAGAUAUGCUCCAGAUUCCGAUUCGGACAUAGAGCGGAACCAACCCCGGGUUAACCAUCGGUUGGAACAGUUGAGGAGUCCGAAAGUACCGACCGUGUCGAGUGUUGUGGUAAUACCGCCUUCGCCACCCAACUGCAAUACAGAUGUCCCAUUUGAAUGCAGAGAGACUCUUCCCGACGAUAUAAUGCACGAGUUGCAGUCGUGUUUGCGGGAAGCUCUACGGCGUGCGGUACCCCACCAGCAGUACAAACGCAUUUUUAUGAUUAGGGGACAGAGGCUGCGAGUUCAGGUCAACAGGCAAGGAAAAGUUUUCGUGGCGAUGCGUUAACCGAAUGGGGGGAGGUAGUGUGACGACGAAAGUCGGUACCCUCGUUUUCAUCCCAACCAAUGUUGUUAUUAUUCUUGUUAUGUUUGUUGUUAUUUUUGUUAAAA